GCCAGGUGCGCAGACCCGGAGAGGCGGAGAGGCGCUGGGCUCCGGACCCCCUGGAACACCUCGCCAGCGCCCCCGCGGCUUGUUCAGGGCGAUGCCUCCGCUUUGGGCCCUGCUGGCCCUCGGCUGCCUGCCGCUCGGUGUGGGUGUGAACCUCCAGCCCCAACUGGCCAGUGUGACCUUUGCCACCAACAACCCCACCCUCACCACUGUGGCGUUGGAAAAGCCUCUCUGCAUGUUUGACAGCUCGGCGGCGCUCGACGGCACCUAUGAGAUCUACCUCUAUGUUCUCGUCGAUCUAGCUCUGUCUUUCAGCUCCCCCGUGUACCUCACUGGCAGGCACCUGUGCUGCUCGGUGCCAGCCCUGGGCUGUGCACUGCAGCCCCACAUGCGCCCUUGCCCUGGAGAGAUGUGCAGGCUAGCAGAGAAAGAGACAGCGCCCAUCACUGAGCACAUCCAUCACGCUCGGUGCUUCAUGCACCUUGGGGCUAAUGUUUACGACCAGCCUGCAAGACAACUGUCCCAUCACAGAGCAAGGAAUCAAGGCAUUCGUGGGAGCUUCCAGCUGGAAACCAGCUCCAGGAACGCCUCCGUGCAGGACAGCAGCAGGACCCCGCUGAGCUCCACGUUCCAGCAGACAGAGGGAGGGAGGACAGGCCCCUACAAGGCCACGGCCUUUGACCUUACCCCCUGCAGCGACCUGCCCAGCUUGGAUGCUGUAGGGGAUGUGGCCCGGGCCUCCGAAAUCCUGAAUGCAUACCUGGUCAGGGUGGGUGCCAACGGGACCUGCCUGUCCGACCCCAACUUCCAGGGCCUCUGCAACCCGCCCCUGUCAGCAGCCACGGAAUACAGGUUCAAAUACGUCCUUGUCAAUAUGUCCACGGGCUUGGUACAGGACCAGACCCUGUGGUCGGACCCCAUCUGCACCAGACGGCCCACCCCGUACGCGGCGAUCGACACGUGGCCGGGCCGGAGGAGCGGGGGUAUGAUCGUUGUCACGUCCAUCCUGGGCUCCCUGCCCUUCUUCCUGCUCAUCGCCUUUGCGGGCGCCAUUGUCCUCAGCCUUUUGGACACGGGCAGCUCGGACAGGGAAACGACACACGACUCCCAAAUCACGCAGGAGGCCGUCCCCAGGUCCCCGGGGACCUCGGAGACUGCAUACACGUCUGUGAACCGGGGGCCGACGCUGGACAGGGCUGAGGUGUUUGCCAGCAAGCUCCAGGACUGAACCCGGGCACCACUCCUGGGCUUCUGCAUUCUCCCCUCUGGCCUCACCCAGGGGUCUGCACGGAGCAAGGGGCUCACGCCCUGACCCCACCCACAGAGAAACAAGGCAUGUUGGUCCAACUUGCAGGAACACUUUCAAUAAAAUCUUCCCAAGAUUCUGAGUUCAAUAGAGAUAGACGGAAUGAACGAGUGAGAAGGUGGACGAAUGAGUGAAUGAGCCCACGUCCUAGGGAGGGGUUGGACUGUUUCUCGAGAGGGUGGGGGCAGGAGGCUGAUUUUCAGUCAGAGUGGAGGUGGUGAAGAUUAGGAAAACCGGGGUUGUCAGAACACCUGGAACAUCUGGAAGAUGGGGGAACCAGCCCCCCCGCCCCGAUCGCCUCUGGUGAGCUGGGGGGUGGGUCCUGAGAGGCUGUGUGUGCAGUCAUUAGAUGGUGUUUGGGGUUCACUGUUUACGAGGUACUGGAAGCCAAACUGGGCCUCCAGGGGCAGCUGCUGGCGGCUCCUGUCAGCCCCAGCAGCCAUCUUCUUCCCUCUGGGGCUCAGCUUCCUCAUCUGUAAAAUGGGCUGAUGUAAACUGCUAAUUUCAAGGCUCCUCCUCAGCUUUCCCUGAAAGCCCCAUGGUGGGCGGGCAGAGGAGGCUUCAGGACUCAGCAAGUCCACUUGGGGAGUGAAGGGACUCUCCCAGUCCUGCUUCUCGGCUCAGAUGACUCACUUCUGUCUUCCGAGCCAGGUAGCAAGGCCACUUCUCUUUGGGGAAGGUGCGAAACGAGUCAUGGUCCCACUUGCCAUCACCAAAAGAAGAAGUCUGUCAGAGCAGGACUGGGUUAUAAAGCAGGAACACUGUCAGCUGUAAGACCACAUUCCUGAGUGGCAGUGUGGCUCCCCAUUGGCCUUUAUCAGCAGUGGUGGGAUGGGGUGCUCUGAGGGCCCUAGAUCGUCCUCUGGGGGCACGGAUGCUGAGACAUGCGCAGAUCCGCUAGAGGCUUCCAAAGCUGAGAAGGCAGAAGUUGUGGGAAGAAGCCUAAAAGCAGGGAGGGGUCAGGAGAAGCCAGAGCAGCUGAGGGUCCCAGGAGCUGAGAGGAGCCCAGGCACUGGGCAGUGGGGACGGGAGGGAGCCAUGAUGCUGCUUUCAAGAGGGCACCAGCCCAGGUAAGUCUUGGACCUGCUCCCGAUCCCUCAAGACUGUCUUCUAGGACACAGCAGGAUGGCCUGGGCAGCCACUGGAAUUCCCACUUCCCCCGUCUUGUGCAUCCUUCCCAGCCCUCCCUCCAUUAGGACAGUCCUUCCAGAGCGUCCCUCGGAGAAUCUCCAGCAGCAGCAGAGGAGGGCAAAGCUCCCUGGAAGUCUGCUGUGGUUGGAAAUUCAUGCAAGUUUGCAUUCUGCUUUAUAACAUGCCUGUAUUUAUUUUAUUUUUAAUUAAGGUGAGAUUCACAUAACAUAAAAUUAACUAUU